AAAGGCCAACAGUAUUAGAUUCUCCCAACCCAAAACCCAAUCAAUGGUCACCAUCCAAUGCACCAAAAAAUACAUUUCUUUUCUCCUAAGUCACAACCUCUCUUUUAAUGUUCACUUGUCUCUUCUGUCUUUCUUUGCCCAUUGCCGGUUCUCAAAAACCUUCUAGAACACCUACAUUAUUUCUUUAUAUUUUUUGUGUCCAUAAUUAUCAAUCUAAAGUUGAAACUUAUCUCAAACUCCAUCUGAUUCACCCAAAAAAAAAACCCUGAAAUUCCAUGUCACUUGACAUGUGCAUGUGCCUCCUAUAAAAUCCAAACUAUGUAGUGUACAGCUUUAUCUUCACAUCCAAUUAAAUGCCAUUAAAUUAUUCACAUACGCUCUCUUAUUUAUAUCUCUAACUUAAAAUUUUCCUUCUCAUUCAUUUUCCUCAAAUAUACCUCGAAAACAUAAAAAAAACCUUGUUCUGUUUCAAACUCUCUGUUCCUUAAAAACCUCAAUAACCCACACUUUGAAUCCUCAAAAAGUUAACACCCCUUCAAUCAAGUUUCAAACUUUCUUUAAUUUCAAUCACUUUCAAUUCGUGGGUCUUUAGCAAAACAGUAAAAUACUGAUUCUGUUAUUCAUUUUCAAAGUGCUCUGUUUUGCUCUGUUCUGUUCUGCUACGAUGGAGUUGAUUUCAGGUUUACCAGAAGACAUAGCACGAGACUGUUUGAUUCGUAUUUCAUACCAGCAGUUUCCGGUGGUAGCCUCCGUGAGCAAAGGGUGGAACACGGAGAUUCAGUUGCCGGAGUUUCACCGUGUAAGGAAGAGUACCGGACAUGCUCAGAAAAUCCUUGUCACGGUUCAGUCUGAAUUUGAUUCAGAAAAAUGUAAAACCGGUUCACUCGUUAAGGCUAUGACUAUGACGAACCCGGUUUAUAAAUUGAACGUAUUAGAAACUGAAACGGGUAUUUGGAGCGAGUUACCAAUGGGACCCGAAUUAAGGGAUGGGUUACCCUUAUUUUGUCAGAUAGCGGGUGUCGGGUAUGAUCUAGUUGUUAUGGGUGGGUGGGCCCCAGAUUCAUGGAAAGCAUCAAAUUCGGUGUUUAUCUAUAAUUUUUUAUCUGCUAAGUGGCGUCGCGGGGCUGACAUGCCUGGUGGGCCUCGCACAUUUUUCUCCUGCGUGUCAGAUCAUCAACGUAUGAUCUAUGUCGUAGGAGGACACGAUGAGGAGAAAAAUGCAUUGAGGUCAGCUUUUGCUUAUGAUGUGGCAAAUGACGUGUGGAUACAACUUCCUGACAUGGCGAGGGAGCGUGAUGAAUGCAAAGUUGUGUUUUGUCGUGGUGUUAGUGGCUAUGGCAUGAUUAGGGUGGUCGGUGGAUAUUGUACUGAGAUGCAAGGACGAUUUGAAAGGAGUGCAGAGGAGUUCGAUGUUGCCACGUGGAAGUGGGGUCCAUUGAAGGAGGAGUUUUUGGAUGAGUCUACGUGUCCGAGGACUUGUGUCGAUGGUUGUGAUGUGGAGGGGAUAAUGUACAUGUGUAAGGGUGAUGACGUGGUGUCAUUCAAAGGUGACACGUGGCAAGUAGUGGCCAAGGUGCCUAGGGAGAUAAGGAAUGUUGCAUGUAUGGCAGCUUGGGAAGAGGCAUUGUUGUUGAUUGGGUCUAGUGGGUUUGGGGAACCAUAUAUGAGCUUUGUGUUGGGCCUAAAGAGUGGUGUUUGGACUAAACUUGAGAGCCCAGAAAACUACACUGGCCAUGUUCAGUCUGGUUGCCUUUUGGAGAUUUAGGAAUUUAGUUUUGUUAAAUUAUGUUAAAUUGUAUAUUUUUAUGUAAAUAUAUGAAGCAACAAUUUUGUUA